AGUUGAAGUGAUGGCGACUGGGACGCCAGAUUCGCAGGCGCGAUUCGGUCAGUCGGUGAAGGGGCUUCUCACGGAGAAGGUGAACACCUGUGGUACUGACGUGAUCGCGCUCACCAAGCAGGUGCUGAAGGGCUCUCGGAGCUCCGAGCUGCUAGGUCAGGCAGCACGAAACAUGGUACUACAGGAAGAUGCCAUCUUGCACUCAGAAGAUAGUUUAAGGAAAAUGGCAAUAAUAACCACACAUCUUCAGUACCAGCAAGAAGCUAUUCAGAAGAAUGUUGAACAAUCAUCAGAUCUACAGGACCAGUUGAAUCAUCUGUUGAAAUAGAAUGGCAUAUAAGAGGAGGAAAUAUCUUAUACAACCAUCUUGCUGUGGGUUUGAUUUUCCAUUUUCUUUUCUAAAAUUUAAAUCAGGAAAUAUUUGUGUUGAUGUACAGUUUCUCCUGAAAAGAAGCUAGGUGGUUGGAUUUUGGAAGCACUUUGUGAAUAACAUUAACCCAUGCUCUUAUUGAAUUUUUAAGUUACUCUGUUAAUUUGAUAUUAAAGCAAAAUUAAAAGAUGCCUUAGUUUUCCCCAUA